ACAAAUUUGUAAUGUUAAAUUUUGCCGCCACGUUAACGGAUUCCCGCUGUAAUUGCCUUACUUAAAUUAACGAAUAUUGUGAAUUCGUCUUUAUAAUAGUUCAAUGGAGUGCGAUGGAACGGUUCUUGAUCAAACGACAUCCUAUGAGAAAAGGAAAUCAUCGUUGGAACACAUCAGUUAGGUUAAUGAACUAUUCGAACCAAGAGAACACAUAAAGUUUUUACUUUAUCAGAAGCUGCUACGACGAUACAAGAAACAACAUGGCGUCAAGGAACGCUCCGCAGGGGUCGCUAGAACGUCUACGCCUGGUUACCGGCACGCGAUUGGUCCACGUUUGGCGCUUUAAAGAUUGGAAGGGGUUUUCUUGGCUGGCAGGUAGUCAUCGUGGAGGGAGGCUUGAUAAAAGGUGGAGGGAGAAGUAAGGGAAAGAAAGAAUAGAAAGAAGAGGGUGCCAGGUAAAUCGCUUGCAGGUGAUACGAGACUUACAACGCUGAAGACUGCGCAACCCUCUUCGUGAGUGUAUGUGCGAAGAACGGAUAUAGUCGAAUUGUUAGGCUAAUAGGCUAACUUAUUCCUUUUUUGAGUGAUCAAAAAAUACCAUUGAUCAGUGGUACUGCCUGAUAUUCUGUGCUUUGCGACUGGUGUUUGUUUACAGUUUUUUGUGCUGACCGGAUAUAAAAGCAACCGUAAAGAUGAAAUUGAAACAACAAGGUUUAGUAGCGGACUUGAUGCCGAAUAUUCGCAUUAUGCAAUUCGGUGGACACUUUAUGUUCAAUUAUAUUGAUAGUUCUACCAAGUUAAUGCAUAAAAUAUAUUGCUGCGUUCAUUUAUUUCUACUCCUUCUCCAAUUCGCUUUUGCUGGAAUAAAUCUCGCCCUUGAGAGUGGCGACGUCGACGAUCUCACGGCUAAUACAAUUACGAUGCUUUUCUUUACACAUUCUGUAGUCAAAAUAGUAUACUUCGCGGUCAGGAGCAAAUUAUUUUAUAGAGUACUAGCUAUCUGGAACAAUCCAAAUAGUCAUCCACUCUUUGCCGAAAGCAAUGCUAGAUAUCAUGCGAUAGCAUUGAAAAAAAUGAGAACUUUGCUCUUCGCUGUUGGAGCAACAACGGUUCUUUCAGUUCUCGCUUGGACUGGUAUCACGUUCGUCGGUGAUUCUGUAAAAAAAGUCACUGACCCUGAAACGAACGAGACCAGUAUAGUGGAGAUCCCUAGAUUGAUGCUUCGCUCUUGGUAUCCUUACGAUCCUAGCCACGGCAUGCCACACAUCAUGACUCUGAUUUAUCAAUUCUAUUGGUUAAUGUUCGCUAUGAUGAAUUCGAAUUCUCUCGACGUUCUUUUCUGUUCAUGGCUCUUGUUUGCCUGCGAGCAAAUUCAGCAUCUCAAGCAAAUCAUGAAACCUCUGAUGGAACUCAGUGCAACUCUCGACACAGUUGUACCAAAUAGUAGUGAAUUGUUCAAGGCUGGCAGUGCUGAGCAUUUAAGAGACACACAAGGUGCUCAGCCACUCCCGCAACCUCCACCAGGGGGCGAAAGUAUGCUGGAUCUUGACCUCCGUGGUAUAUACAGCAAUCGACAAGACUUUACGGCGACCUUCCGACCAACAGCAGGAAUGACAUUCAACGGUGGCGUAGGACCGAAUGGCUUGACCAAGAAACAAGAAAUGCUCGUUAGGAGUGCUAUCAAGUAUUGGGUGGAGAGACACAAACACGUCGUUAGAUUGGUAACCGCGGUUGGAGAUGCUUACGGUAUAGCUCUACUACUUCACAUGUUGACAACGACUAUCACAUUGACGCUUCUCGCCUAUCAGGCUACAAAGGUAAACUCUGUUAGCGUCUAUUCAGCUACGGUCAUCGGUUAUUUCUUGUAUACUCUCGGCCAGGUCUUUUUAUUCUGCAUAUUCGGUAACCGUUUGAUAGAGGAGAGUUCAUCAGUUAUGGAAGCCGCUUAUUCGUGUCACUGGUACGAUGGCUCUGAAGAGGCAAAAACUUUCGUCCAAAUCGUUUGUCAACAAUGCCAAAAAGCAAUGUCCAUCUCCGGAGCAAAGUUUUUCACCGUCUCUUUGGAUCUUUUCGCUUCCGUAUUGGGAGCUGUCGUGACUUACUUCAUGGUGUUGGUACAGCUCAACUGAACGAUCGAUUAUCAUAUUGUACGAAUAUAUUUUAGGACCUCGUAUAAAUCUUUCUUUUUUCUGGUCGUAUUUGGCAUACCGUCAGUUCCUCGAUUAUUCAUCAAGGAAUAUAUCAAAAUUCAAAUUUGUCAUUGUGAUCGAAACGCGACCAAAGUAAGAAUUCUUCUAACGAGGAGAUAAUUUUCAAAUAAUGACGGAUGAUAACAUUAUAUUUGAUAGGAAUAAUACUCUAUGUGCGGAAUUAAGUUUACGUAAGAGAAAUAUUAAGGAAAACGGGGAAAAAUAUUACGCUAAAAUCGCCGGAAAUACGUGUCAGUUCGUUGGACGAUACGAGACACGGAAGUUUCUUUCAAAAUAUUUUUUUUCUCGUCAUGUUAGGUUAUCGAAGGAAUCCUUUUAAUGUACUUUUCUACGUCGUCAAGAGAAAUCGUUUUAAUCGACUAUGAAUAUCAGACAAUAGUAUCUCAUCGAUAAAAGUGAAAUUCUGUGAUUUGUUUACAUGCUUAAAAAUCUUUUUAAGAGAAAGAACAAAGAUGCAAGAUGAAUUUCUUGUAUCGAAAUAUAUAUAACGAACGAUCGAUCAACUUGCAUCUUUGUUCUAUUCACACGAUGUCGAUGUACGAUAGUGUAUAGAUAGGAAGAUAAAUGGAUUUUACGUAUACGUAAAAUAAAUAAUAUCGGACGUGAUACGUCGAGAUAAUAAUUUAUAAUAAUACAGUACAAUAACAAUUAUUCUCAUUCGAUCGAACUAUCUUUCGAUUAAAAAAGUCUAUCGAAUUACUUGGAUGUUUUAACGUUAAUUUGAAUAUUUCUCUUUUCAUUAUAUAACGUCUCUAUAAUUAGUUUCACUAUAUUUGCACGAUAAAUAUUAAUUCGUGUGGCGUUCGUAAAAUUUCGUCGUUUCUUGUGAAAUAAAUUUCGUUGGUUUCAUAAAUGUGAGAGAACGAGAGUGAGAGAGAGAGAGAGACAGAGAGAGAGAGACAGAGAGAGAGAGAGAGAGAGAGAGAGAGAGAGAGAGAACGAGAGAAAGAGAAAGAGAGAGAAAGAGAGAAACAUACAAAAUCGAAGAGUUCAUUGUCUUAUAGAUAUAUUUAUUUAAUCGAAUAUUAUUAAUUAUUAUCGUUACUAAUAUAUUCAGUGAUAAGAGUUAAAGAAUUCGUCCCGUUUUGUUUCUAAAAUUAUAGGGGAAAAAAAAAAAAAAGAAAAAAAAAAAGAA